UUGGAGAAGGUGUGGCUACUAAUCCAAAGUGCAUGCCCCAAAGUCACACGUGAUCCUACUGUAGUUCAAGGUGUCACAUCGAAGCAGGAGACUAUGGAGCUGAAGGUGAGGUAUGUUCUGCUGCUGGCCGUGGGCCUGUUGUCAACACUGCUACUGACCACGGUGACCGCCCACCAGGAGGAGGAGGAGGACGAGCCUAUCAUGGAGAUGGGGGGUGACAUGGAUGUGGAAGACGAGAUGGAGGAGCUUGACCAUGGGGAGGAGCUUCUGGAUGGGGAGGUGGAGGCAGACAUGCCCCCGGGACCACCACCAGUCCCUAAAGUGACCUACAAAGCUCCCGAGCCCACGGGGGAACACUUUUUCGCCGAGUCCUUUGACAUGGGGACCCUUGACAGCUGGGUCCUGUCAAAGGCCAAGAAGGAGGACAUUGAUGAGGAUAUCGCCAAGUAUGACGGUAAAUGGGAGGUGGAGGACAUGAAGGACGGCAAGCUGCCCGGCGACAAGGGCCUGGUCCUCAAGUCCCGUGCCAAACAUCACGCCAUCUCAGCCCAGCUCCUCAGGCCCUUCAUCUUCGACACCAAGCCCCUCAUCGUCCAGUAUGAGGUCAACUUCCAGCAAGGGAUCGACUGCGGCGGCGCCUACGUCAAACUGCUCUCCCAGACACCCGACCUUAACCUGGAUGAGUUUGUUGACAAGACUCCCUACACCAUCAUGUUUGGACCAGACAAGUGCGGCGAGGACUACAAGCUGCACUUCAUCUUCCGCCACAAGAACCCCAAGACUGGCGAGUACGAGGAGAAGCACGCCAAGAAGCCUGACUCAGACCUGCGCACCUACUACACCGACAAGAAGACCCACCUUUACACUCUGGUGGUGAACCCAGACAACAGCUUUGAGGUGCUGGUGGACCAGGCGGUGGUGAACAGUGGUAACCUGCUGACAGACAUGACCCCCCCCAUCAACCCGGCUGCCGAGAUCGAGGACCCCGACGACCACAAGCCAGAGGACUGGGAUGAGAGACCCAAGAUCCAGGACCCUGACGCAGUCAAACCCGAGGACUGGGAUGAGGAUGCACCGAAACAGAUCCCAGAUGAGGACGCAGUGAAGCCAGACGGCUGGCUGGAUGAUGAGUCCGAGUAUACCAGCGACCCCGACGCAGUCAAGCCCGAGGACUGGGAUGAGGAUAUGGAUGGUGAGUGGGAGGCCCCUCAGGUCCCUAACGCCCUCUGUGAAACCGCCCCCGGCUGUGGCGCCUGGCAACGGCCUAUGAUUGACAACCCCAGCUACAAGGGCAAGUGGAAGGCCCCCAUGAUCGACAAUCCCAACUACCAGGGUGUGUGGAAGCCCAGGAAGAUCGCCAACCCAGCCUUCUUCGAGGACCUCCAUCCCUUCAGAAUGACCCCCUUCAACGCCGUGGGCCUGGAGCUGUGGUCCAUGUCCAGCGACAUCUUCUUUGAUAACUUCUUCAUCACCAACGAGAGGCACACGGCCGAUCACUGGGCCAAUGAUGGUUGGGGCCUGAAGAAGGCUGCCGAGGGAGCCGCUGAGCCCGGUCUGGUGAACCAGAUGAUGACCGCAGCAGACGAGCGUCCCUGGUUGUGGGUGGUCUACGUGCUUACCGUGGCCGUGCCUCUAGUCCUGAUCAUCGUCUUCUGCUGCACUGGAAAGAAGACUGCUGCAGCUGCAGCCGACUACAAGAAGACAGACGAACCCCAGCCAGACGUGAAGGAGGAGGAAGUGGUGGAGAAGGCUGAAGCAGACCAAGUCAAGGAGGAGAAGAGCCAGCCAGCUGCAGCAGAGAAGAAUAGUGAUGCAGAAGACAGUCCUGCAGAGGAAGUAAAUGAGGAGGAAGAGGAGGAGGAGGAGGAAGAAGAGUUCACUGAAGAGGUACGGGGACAGUAAGGCAUGACUUGAAACAAGAAGAUGACCUCAGAAGGUCCCCCAGAAACAGGAAAUUGAGAAAGGACUGAUGUGGCUUUCACAACCCUGGAUCUCUGAUUUAAAACCAACAGCCCUGACCCAGGGUCACUCCCUAACCCCACCCACCCUUCCAGUCUCCCCCAUCUUUCCCCCCUGGGCCCUCCCUUUCCUCCCCCUCCCGGGGCGAUGAAGUGAACCCAACUAGACAACCAUCUCUCUUGUCAGGAUCAACAGAAAACAAUCAUGACUGCCUCACAAUAUGGAUGACGAUGAUUCCAGUAUGGUGGGGAUGAAGACUGAUGCGUUGUUAGUGUAGAAAGGGUUUUUAUUUAACAGUGAAGAAAGAAAUUAUUUUCCAAUACCAUUCUGUAACACUAACCUAGGAACCCCUUCUGUCUUAUCACUCAAACCUCCACCACCCUUUGCUCCCGCUAGUCAGCCCCCCAUCCAUCCAUCCCGCAGAUCUAGACAGUAUUUAUCAACCGACUUUUCUGGGCAACACUACAGCUUGUAGGUUUUAGCCAUUCUGCCUCUCGAUGUCUUCUUGCUUGGUCCAGUUUAACAGUCCCAUGCGUUUUGUAUGUGUCAUAGGGGUAGAUGGACGUAGCAUAAACGUUUCUGUUGAGGGUCGACAAAGGAAAAAAACAUGGCAUUUGGAUGUCUUAUUGUCUGGUUAUAACACUGCAGUUGUGUUUUUGGGGGGUUUCAAGAGACUAAUUUUCCCAUGAUGCAUGGGUCUCACGUUUCAUUCCAUGUGGCUUUCACCAUGUGUUUUUAAAGUGUUUUGGUUGUUGGAAGACCCCUCUGAAGUUGUUCUUACUACGGUGAAGCUGGGAGUGGUUGGGGGGAUCCAUUGCACAUGCUCAGUUCCCCGCAUAACUGGGGGGCAGGUAAAGUUUGAAGCAGAGGGAGGGAGAGCCAAGUAAGUGGGUUUCAGUAGGUUAGAAUACGUUGCCUUAGACAGUCCUAGAGAGCAAGGUUUUCUGAAAUUGUUUUUUUCUGUGAAUAUACUGUGACCUUUUUUAAUACUAUGUACAUGACUUAUUUUAUUUUUGAUUCCAUUAAUGUUUUAGUUUUUUCUCUGGUCCUGACAGAUAAUGUAAGGAUGUAGUGUACAUGUACAGUAACGUGUGCAGGAGAAAAGAAAAGCUGGUUCUUGGAAAGAUGACUGUUGGUUGCCGGCAGGCUUCUAGGGGAGAUGUCAAGGUUGUCAGACUGGUGGCCAGCUCGUGCAGCCUCCUCCCUCAUUGGUGGGAUGAAUCAGUCUCCCGACCUAGCUACUGGUAGAUGAAUAUGCACAUCCUAUGACUGCAUUUCCUGAGUCAAAAGCAGCAGCAGCAGCAGCAGAAUUGAACACAUCUUUCAGAAUGUAACUUUUUUUGAGUCUCAUGACAGUCUGACUCUUUUACAAGAGUCGUAAAGAGUACUCUCAGGUUGUCAAACAAGCUUCCCACCUCACUUCUUUCUCAUUGCAUGAUUCAUUGAUAUCUUAAACUUACCCCAUGCAACAUGAAAAAGGUGCUAAAGAGAAAACAUUGAGACUGCUCAAUAGCCGGUACCUAUCUGUGGACUACAGUCUUUAAGUUCCUUAUUUCUUACUUACGUUUUGGUGAACCUGCCGACUCUGUUUUUAGAACUUCCUAAAAAAGCAGGGAAAGCCAAAAACCGUUAGAGGUUUUCCCAAUGUAAAAAUAGUUGUCACUGUUCAAGGUAACAGAUGCACACGUAAACAUACACACACAUACCAGGUAAUUAGUUGUUGCUGUCUGUUUGCAUGGAUCCCAUUUAAAGUUUUGUGCUCUCAGAUUUCUUGGUGGUGUCAGUCAGUCGUGUUUGGAAUGCCACAAUUCUUCUGUGUGCCAUGGUGUCUCUGAGCGACCAAGGUGAAUGGGGAUUGGUUCUCCCGACAAACUAAGCUGCAUGUGAUUGGAUGAUGAGUGUAGUAGGUUGAUUCAUCUAUAUCUACUACAUUACAUGUUGGAGGGUGGGUGGGGGCGAAGAUGUAGAACUUGCUAUGAUGUUACUUACAAAACAGAAAUAAAAAGAUAUUUGACUAAGAGAUUGGAGCUGGGCAAUGUUUUUCCUGUAUUGGUCUCGUGGUUUUGUGGGGGGGGAGGAGAGAUUGUCAUCCCCCUGAAAUUGAGAUGGCAUGUACAGCUUCCGCCUCAAGAGGAAAUGGAGGUCUUUCUCUAGAAUUUCUCAUUUUAUUUUUUCUUAUUGUGGAAGAUGACCUGUGUCAUAGGGUAUGUGAGGUAGUUAGUUCCCACUGCACUGUGACCUAACUAGCCAUUUCUUUCUCUUAUUUUGUUUGUACUUUUGUUUUAAGAAAAUUAAAUGGUCAGAAAAUUAUCCUAUUUGAAAAUGUUAAGGAGAUGUGUUUCGUCUUCACUCUUUCUGGCUUCAAAAAAUAUUUUACUUUUAGGCAACAAGGUUUUAAUUGUGCUUUUCCCCUUUUGGUUCUGCCUAGAUACGACUCCUAGACUGAACAGUGCACUGUACUGUGUACCUUACGUACCUCUGACAGCUUUCCUGUGUGUAAACUCAGUCUGAUGGGUCACCGAAACGACUAGGUUUAACCUAACUUAAUCCUGUACACUAGAGAUUGAAGAAUUUAUACAUUUUGGUUCAGAUUUAAUCUCCCAUGGGUAAUGAAUGUUGAUUAGUGGAGGCUUUAAAAAAAAAUACUGAUCACGAAUAGCCAUUGUGUGAAUAGGGACUGCUCCUCUUACCCAUGUGUAUUGCAAAUGCAGUCAUCUAUGAACAGGGAUGCCAUUUGUUUUGAUGAAUAAAAAGGCCUAAUAGAAACGGA